GGAAAGUACGCAAGCAAUUACCCUUCGAUUUUGCUGAACUUUUCAUUAAAAUAACACGUUCUAUGUUGGGGGGCCGUUGUGGCUUUUCAUUGAGCGAAGGGGAAGAUUCGUUCAAUAUGGCUGCCUGAGCAUCUGAAAGAUUACUUUGAGGCUCUAAUCAGAUAUUUAUAAUUUAAUCAGAAGGUGAUCCUCCAGUGGGUUUGUCUCUCUACAAGGGAAAUUAUAUGCUGAAUCAGGUCAUCAAUUUGAUUUCUGAUAGGAAUGGCUCAUUCUCUUGUGAUCAAGGAUACCUUAUGUGCAUCUCAUCUGAUCUCUUCUUCCAAUGACAAGUCUUUUAGUAGCUGCAAAUUUCAGAAUUCAACUCUGCAAUUUACUCCGUCAGUACGGGUGACCCGCUCCUCUAAGAAAGUAUGCCUUAAGAGCAAGUUGAAAGUAUGCAUGUCAGUACAACAGGCAAGCGUAAACUCUAAGGUUUCGGUUGGCCCCCUGAAACUAGAUGAUGCAAAGGCGCCUCCUCUGAAUUUGUACAGACCCAAAGAGCCAUAUACGGCAACUAUUGUCUCCGUGGAGAGGCUUGUUGGUCCAAAAGCCCCCGGAGAGACUUGUCAUAUUGUAAUUGACCAUGAAGGAAACGUGCCGUAUUGGGAAGGGCAGAGCUAUGGUGUCAUACCUCCUGGCGAGAAUCCUAAAAAACCUGGUACCCCUCAUGCUGUUCGCCUUUAUUCCAUUGCUUCCACAAGAUAUGGAGAUUCUUUUGAUGGGAAAACAGCAAGCUUGUGUGUUAGAAGAGCUGUUUACUAUGAUCCCGAGACCGGGAAGGAGGAUCCCUCCAAGAAUGGCGUUUGCAGCAAUUAUCUCUGUAAUAGCAAACCGGGAGACAAGGUCCAGAUUACAGGUCCAUCCGGUAAAGUGAUGCUGCUACCCGAAGAUGAUCCCAGUGCGACACAUAUAAUGAUAGCCACUGGUACUGGAAUAGCUCCAUUUAGGGGAUACCUACGGAGAAUGUUUAUGGAAGACGUUUCUUCCUUCAAAUUUAGAGGUCUUGCAUGGCUUUUCUUAGGUGUUGCCAACACCGAUAGUCUUCUCUACCAUGACGAGUUUACAGAGUACUUGAAGCAGUACCCUGACAACUUUAGAUAUGAUACUGCAUUGAGUAGGGAACAUAAGAACAAGAAAGGUGGUAAGAUGUAUGUGCAAGAUAAGAUUGAAGAGUACAGUGAUGAAAUUUUCCAGCUUCUUGACAAGGGUGCUCAUAUUUAUUUCUGUGGACUAAAGGGCAUGAUGCCUGGAAUUCAAGACACCUUGAAAAGGGUUGCAGAGGAGAGAGGGGAGAACUGGGAUCAGAGAUUUUCACAACUUAAGAAGAAUAAGCAGUGGCAUAUGGAAGUUUAUUAGUCAUGCUUUAGAGCUUUUCUUUAUCCUUCUCAAGGCAUACAGGUAAUUUUUAUUGAUUCCUAAGCUGAAUUAGUAGUUGGAGCAUUCAAGCAUUUGCCCUGGAGCCAGUCACUCUAAAUGCAAAGCGUACAUGGCUUGUUUUAUUUUGUUAUGUUGAACUCAUGGAGACUCUGUCUCCAGAUGCUGGCCUUCUUAGUCUCUUCUAUUCUUUCCACUCUUCAGUGCUUCACUUCUGAUUGCAAAUGUUGUGAAGCUGAAAAAGAAAUAAGAGUAGAAAAUAAUGAUGUUAUUGUAUUGUGUUCUUCAAUCCUGCUAUCAAAGACUUUUGUUUUAUCCAUCUUUGCCCAUUUUCCAUGUAAGGUACCUUAUCAGUUCAUGGCUGAAGCCUGCAUUAAGUGACUUUUGCCAUUUUUGUGGAUGAAUAAAUAAAUAUUUUACUUUGAUCGAA